AUGGCCCCGGCAGCUGGCGCUCUGGUUCGGCCUGCGGCUGCGGGCAAGGGAACUGGGCGCACCAUGCUCGCCGCCGCCGUGGGGAGUCUCCUACAUCCCGGCCCGGGGAGCCUCCUCCGAUGUGCCCCGGGGACGACUCUCCGGCCCCGGGGUCUCCCCGGCUACUCCACAGGCGGGACCCCCAGGGGCUCUGGGCCCCAAGAUCCGGGAAAGGUUCACAGGGUCCCCGCCGAGCACACGCCCUCACAAUUCGACAAGAAAAUCUUGCGGUGGACCGGGCGUUUCAAAGCGAUAGAAGAGAUCCCGCCUCGGAUCCCGCCAGAAAUGAUAGAUGCUGCAAGAAACAAAGCUCGAGUGAAAGCUUGUUACAUAAUGAUUGGACUUAAAAUUAUCGCAUGUUUUGCUGUGAUUGCGUCAGCCAAAAGGGCUGCAGAACGACAUGAAUCCUUAACAAGUUGGAACCUAGCAAAGAAAGCUAAGUGGCGUGAGGAAGCCGCACUGGCUGCACAGGCUAAGGCUAAGUGACAUUCUGAGUGACAGAGUGUUAAUCAGAAUAUCAUCUCUAUUAUCGGCAACAAUAAAAGAUAGGUAGAAUAGACUAUUUGGCAAAAUAUUUGCCAUUAUUUUAUUUUGGUGGAAAGAAGCACAAAGUCUUUUUAUUUUUACUUUUUAGUAAACUUCUCUUGAAGUCUAACAGACAUUUAGAAAAGUGAACAUAAGUUUAUACAUCUUGAUGCAUUUUUAUACAGUGAACACACCUGCCUAAGCACUACCCAGAUCAAGAUGUAGAAUAUCAACAGCACCUAAGAAGCCUCCUUCCUGCCCUGUCUCAGUCAUUACCCUACACUGUGCCAGUUUUAUCACCAUAGAUAGUUUUCUUGUUUUUGAACUUCAUAUAAAUGGAAUUACACAAUA